UCUAAGCAACAGCAGUAAAUAUAGUAUCUGCUGUUGCUGCUGGUGGUGGUUAACUGCAGAGAUUAGCCGCCGCUGCUGCGGCAAAAAUAUGCGAUUUAACUGAAUGAAUACCGGUUAUUAUAUCUGUGAUAUGCGCUCAGGACUGUCUGGACGCUGAGUGGAGCUGCGGAGCACCGAGACACGACCCGGCGAGCGGCCCCAUUUAUAAAGGCUAAUGGGGCUCUUCGAUAAGCUGGCCGGAUGGCUGGGCUUGAAAAAGAAAGAAGUGAAUGUGCUGUGCCUGGGGCUGGACAACAGCGGGAAGACCACCAUCAUCAACCAGCUGAAGCCCACCAAUGCUCAGGCGCAAGACAUUGUACCCACCAUCGGCUUUAGCAUCGAGAAGUUCAAGACAUCCAGUUUGUCUUUCACAGUCUUUGACAUGUCGGGCCAGGGCAGGUACAGAAACCUGUGGGAGCACUACUACAAGGAGGGUCAGGCCAUCAUCUUUGUGAUUGACAGCAGUGAUAAGCUGAGAAUGGUGGUGGCCAAAGAAGAGUUAGACACCCUCCUGAACCAUCCCGAUAUUAAGCACAGGAGGAUCCCCAUCCUGUUUUUUGCCAAUAAGAUGGAUCUAAGGGAAGCACUGUCAUCAGUGAAGGUCUCUCAGCUCCUCUGUCUGGAGAACAUCAAGGACAAGCCCUGGCACAUCUGUGCCAGUAAUGCUGUUCAGGGUGAGGGUCUGCAGGAAGGAGUCGACUGGCUGCAAGAACAAAUUGCACUAUCAGAUCAGAACGAUGAGAACGUGAAAACAUCGUAAAAUACAAAGAAAAUUCACGCCCUUCACGUCUUGCUCACGCCAUAGCAACCAACGCCACCCACAGACAUCAAAUCAAGCCUCGCCUUCAUCGGCUUCUGAGACUGAUGGGUCGUCUGUGGAGCCCCACACUAGGAAGCUCAGAGUCUGGUAGUGUGAGAUGAGCUGUUUCGCUUUGAUUUUGUGGCAUCUCAUAUUUUAUUCCCACUCUUAGAUCAUCAGUCAUCGACUGUAGACAGGCAGUUAGAUUUUUAUAGUACUGUAUCAUCAUGAGCUCAUGAGAGUAGAUGUGAAAAAAAAGUAAUGAAACAACUGCAAACACUUUUAUACCUCAGCUGAAGAGAAGAGAGAUAUUUUAUAAUUUAUUGUUUUUACUCUAAUUUUACUAUAAUUUGGCAGAACAUUAAGUGAUACAGCACAAAGCAGUUGAAUGUUUCUUUAAGCUUUAUAAAGCAGGUAUUUUCUUUUUUUUUAGUUAGCCACAUAACAUUAGACCAAUCCCUGCACAUUUCUCUUGUUUAGUCUUACAUUUACCUCAGCAUAGUCAGCAGGUGUCUGAAACGAGUUUGGUUUAAUCUGGACUGGUUUAAAUUGAAUAAUUAUUAGGCUUUAAUUGUAUUUUAGCAAUAUUUACUUAAAAUGCAAUUAAAGCAAAGGGAGCAAUAUUUAGACCCUGUUUACUCCUAAUCAUCUAAUUUAUCACAAAUAACAGGAUUAUAUUUGGAUAAGGCCAAACCACAUAAAAUCAAGUGUAAAUGCACUCAAAACUCAUUUAAAACAGAUACAAAUCUGGUUUGAAUCAUUCAAACCACUUUAGUAUGUUCACAUGUUCACAAACUAAACUGAAACUCCUGUAUAACGCUGUACUUUAGCAGAGUGACUUUACUGCUCAUUACAACCUGACUGGUAAAAUUCAUACAUAAGGUGCACCAGACUAAAAGACGCACUGUCGAUUUUUGGGAAAAUUAAAGGAUUUUAAGUCCCCCUUAUAGUGGGAAAAAUAGUGUAACGCAUUUGUUUGUUUACAGGAAUCUGACUGCCAUUCUCUGUGUGUAUUUAACUUUUUAAUUUUGUUCUGUAUAGGAUUUAGACAUAAUUGUUCAUUUUAAUCCAUCUCUAAUACCAAAUGCAUGCAAAUCAAUUUUACAUGCAUUUUACAGGUGUAAACAGGGUCAUAUAAACCAAAUCUGUGUUGCUAAUCAAGGAAACCAUUUUAGUGAAUUUCAGAUUUUUUUUAAGCCAAAAAAACAAACCCUUUUUUAAACAGAAAAGCUUACUGUCCUUUCAAAAGGUUUGGUCUAUACCAUUAGUUUAAGUUAUCCAGCUAAGUGGAAAAGGCCUCUUCCAGGUAUAUGCUUCAGUGUUAACAUCAGUGGUCUAUGUUGGCAAGUGACGUGUCUGCUGCAUUUCCCUUCUGUUUAAUUGUUGGUUUUUACUUGUUCUGAUUUGUUUUUUAGAAAAAUUGACUUGAGAUCCAGGAUAUUUAAUAAAGCAAGACUUCUUAGAAAGAAACACAUUUAAACCUAAAGCUUUGUUGCUUGCCACUUUGCUAUCAAGGAAUGUGGGUACUGAAUGUAUGCUGGUGAAAAAUAUGGACAAUUUGACACAAUAUAUUGAUUUAACAUUCCAUUUUUUUUUUUAUUAUUUUCCAAAAGCAGUGUUGCCUUCAUGCAGAUUCUUAGAUCUCCAUUUUUGGCAACUGUUUACAUUUUUUCGUUACAUAAUUUGGCUUUCAUAAUGAGUGAGCCAAUAGAAAUGCUCUAAAAUUGUGUUUACAUUUGCAUUAAGAUUGAGUUUUUUCCCCCUCUUCAUUUCUAAAGUUGCCAUAUUGAAGAUAUAUUUGAUUUUGCAUGACAGCAACAAUAUGCUGAGAUGAUUAUUUUUUUCUUUUCUUGUUUUUCUUAUGUUUAACUUCUAGACUCGGCUGUAAUUUGUUUCUUGCGCUCAAAGAAUGUAAAGUUUUCCAUUCAGUUUGUAUCUGGACUUGUUUAGGUAUCUUGUGCUAGGAUGUAUAUGUAAAAAGUAUAUCAGUAAAAUAUAAAGUCUCUAUGAAACAUUGA